CAAAUCUAUUAUAUUUAUUGAGUAUUAUCAUGUACCUAUAAAGUCCAGUGCCGUAUGGCGAACAGUAAAGUAAAGACUAAUGCUUUGAAGAGGAUAAUACAAGCGCCUGGUGGCUCUCUUGGUGAUGAGGAACUUUUCAGGCUCGUUAAAAAACAAGAUCGGUCGGCGGAGUCGCUAGUAUUGAAAAAGUUUAUUCAAGCUGUGUCUGAAAUUCCUCUCGUAGACUAUGAUCAAACCAAUAAAACGUUUACAUUUUCCAGACAUGCACACAAAGCCAGAUCAUACUUCCUUUUCAUGGCUUACUUAUUUGGCGCACCCAUAGCCUCGAGAUGGCCGGAUUUCAAAAAGUUUACAUCUAAGAUGACUGAAACCAACUCAGCUCACUUCGUCAGCUCAUACUGCCUCCAGACAAUAAUCCAUGAAAAGAUAAACUCCUACAACAUCCAAAUGCACGCACUUCUCGACUUUGUUAUAAAGAAAGGCAAAGGAAAGGAGAUAAUAUACGACCGUAUUAUAAAUCAAGUUCUAGUAGACUACUUCCCUUCUGUAAACAUUAGCUGGUUGUGGUUGUAUAACGAGAUAGUGAAGGAGCCGAGACCCAAGAAUUUGGUACAGAGCACGCUGACCUUAGACAAAGCGCAGAGUCAGUUGAUAAAGAUUGUUAAGAAGGUGGCAAAAGAUUGUGAGAUCGAGGAUACAUCCUCCAAGGUGCAGCGCCUCCGUGUGAACAGUGGCUCCAACUCCACUACCCCCCUAAACUGGGCUGAUGUUGCCUCCGCAAAAGGUUCAACAUCAGGUGAAGUGAAGGUAGAUCCGGUGGUAACCGAGAUCAUUCCUCUGAGCUCAGAGUACUUCAACGUUAUGAACGGAUCAGAGGGUCGUACUCUAAAGCACAUCGAGGAAGUGAGCGGCGCUAAAAUCUCACUUGGCAAAAUGAAGAACGGCCUCACUGGAUUCACGUCUACUGGUACUAAGACGCAGAAUGAUCUCGCAAUCAAGGAAGUAUUAAAACUCGUUGACGAGAAUAACGAAGAGAAGAACGAAGCUCGAAAGAGGGACGUAAAGCAGAACUGUCAGGAAGUUGUCGAGAUUGUCACGUACAGCACUGACAUUCUCGAGAAAUACGUCACCAAAAAGGAAUCAUUGACGAUGCUAGGGAGUUUUACUGAGAGAUACCCUGGUCUGAUCCUCAAAGUGGAACCCAACAAACAACGAGUUGUUGUCAAAGGUAAAAUAUCCGCUAACGUUAAGACGGUAGCCGAGUACCUCCGGGAAUCCCUCGCAGAUUUCGCGUCGGACAUGAUCUCUAAGAACAACAAGAAAAGACAGAUUGGAUCUGGAAAAACUCCUGACACACCGGUUACAAGACCACUAUCAGUGGGGAGCAAGUGUAACACUUGGAUUCAUGCCAACCAGCAGGAACUUCUAAAGAUAGCCCUCAAGAAUCAUGUUUCGUUACGGUUCCCAUCCGUAAAGCGUAGUGGGACUGAUAUACUCACAAUAUCCGGAAAGUUACAAAAUGUUGAGCAAACCGACAGGGAAGUCCUCUCAAAACUGCCUGUAUGUGCGGCGGUUGACCCAGAAUAUUCUGCACGAUUCACCCCACUCCAGCCCCUCCAACCUUCUCCUCCGGGAACCUCCAAGGGCAAGGUUGAAACCUCACCACCUCAAAAGUCACCUGAUGUUCCGUUUUACCCUCCGAAACCACCUGAUUCUCCCGCUAAAGAGAACGUUCGACCUGAUAAGAAAGCAGGAAACUCGAGUACUGAUAAGAAAUCAGAUAAACCAGUUAAACUUAAUUGGUUUGACCACGAAGAAAAGGAGGAACCUAUGGAUGCUAAGGACUCCAAAAUUAGCAAACCGGUUGAGUUGUACGAGGAGAUGGACUUAAAGUCCACUCUGGUGGAGGGUAUACACCAGUUUGGUUUGGAGAAACCCUCAACUGUACACAGAGCUCUUCUACCACUCCUCUUGUCACGCCAGAAAGUACUUGUUGAAGCAGACCUCGGUGAAGAUGUGUGCAGUGCACUGCUUAUAGCGGUCCUACAACAAGUCAACUUAAACCUAAGACAAACACAAGGAUUUGUUUUACUUCGAGAUAAGCUUCUUAUUCCAUCCACCCUCGCUAUUAUCCGGGCACUCACUGUUAAAAUUCCGUUGAUAUCAGAAGGACUACUGGAUACUAUGACUACGUUCCCAGAAAUUCCUCACAUUGUUCUAUCCACCCCUCAACUUAUCAAGAACGCUCUGGAAACCCAGAGUAUAGCGGGAGGUAAAGCUAAAGUACUGGUCUACACUGAUCUGUCACUUACUGUUGGUUCCUUCGGUUACAAGAUCAUUCAGGGAGAAUACUUCAAGAACCUUGUCAUUGACUCUAAUACUAAGCUGAUAUUCCAAAGUGGUGAGCCACUACCGGCGAAAGUAUACACUCUCCUCGAGAAGUUUGGGGAAGAAAGAUCACUGGAAACCAUCAAGUUUGAGACAAAAGAAAUUGUUGGACCUUCCAAGUUCUCCGUCGGCAAGGAACGCGUGAUCAGGCAUUUGCUUUUCCUCUGGAAUUUUCUUCAUUCAGCUCUAUACUUAAUGCUCUUUGCGUUCGGUGUUACCACGCCGGAGAAACCGUUCCAAUCCCCUCUCAACAACUUAUCAGAACGGCAGCUAGACCUUGCUAGGAGGAAUCUUUACCUUGUUUACAGCGUCAUCAAAGGUUAUCCUGAGUUGGAGCUGAUCCAACAGGGCGCAGAUUUGAUCUUGAGUGGUAAAGUGGUUGAUGUGAAAGCAGCUAAAAAUAAAAUCCAAGAGAUGAUAAUCCUCCAUGAUAAGGUUUAUGUGGAACAGGCCAAACCACCGUCCGUAAAAUCACCUUCGCCGGUCAGGACGAUGGCUCAAGUUGCUUCAAUGGAUGGUAAUACUAACGGAAAUCAGUCUGCAAAGCCAAGGGAAAAUUCAAUAAAACCCUCAACUCGACCUCCAAAUACCACGAGGCCACCUUCAUCACCGGCUCCUUCAUCAAGCAUACCAACUUUCCCUCUGCAAGUCAUUACCAAGUUGAUAUCUAUGACUCCUCAAGAGAAUGGAUUCGCUUAUCGAAACAGAGAAAUUGUGGAGAAGCUCAUUCACGAGUUUCCUGGUUCAAGUAUUAACUUUUCUCCGUACGAAAAUGACAACAUAUCAGUCACUGGACCCGUCAAUAUAAUCGGGCAAAUCCACAAGAACGUUCUCGACGGAAUACGAUCUGCUAUAGGAAACCAAUAUGCCUCUACCAAAAAAGAAACGUCUCCAGAAACUUCUCCAGGGCGGCUCUCUUCUGAACUAGACUCGCUCCGACCCCCCGAAGAAACAUCAGACUCAAUUUCUACUGAACCGGUUGCUCCGCCCGUAUCAACUCCUGUGUCUAUUAGUUUUGAUACUUCAGCAGAGUUGGAGGCAAUUGAUAGCGGUUACAACCCUGCUGCUAAGCGUCACCAACACAGCUUGAUAAGCACGGUAUCACGUAUUUCCGGUCCACCUCCAGGAUACUCUGACGCUGAAUCAGUGUCCUCCGAAAAACCUGAGGAAAUGCCCACAGCGAGCACUCCUACGCCCGUUUCUUCCUCGGUUCCUAAUGAUAGUUGGUCAGCUCCAUCGACUCGUCCCCCUAACAGUAACUAUCCGGACUACGUGCCCCCAUUCUCUACAAUCAAUUCAUCUAUUAACACUACCUCGCCUUCCAGUGGAUUACAAGCCAAUCCUUCAAUUAUACGUCAACCUAAUUUACGACCACCAUCCAGGACUCGACCGCCAAAUUCAAGCAUCCCACCUUCUACAAUACCUCCAAACUUCCCGAACGUUCGCCCUGUUGCAUCAUUCGAGGACAUGCUUCAGCCCAGCCCACGUCAACCUAAAGCUGAUCCGCUGCCUCCUUCAAACUCGAUACCAUCAGCAAUUCCACCCACUACGAACUCUAGUCAGGCCAUAAGACCACCUUACUCUGCUCCUGUGACUCGAUCGCCAAAAGAGGAGCCCGCUCAUUCUACUCGAUCACCUAACAGCACAAUUCCGGGUACAAGACCACCAAAUAUGGAAUAUAUUCCCACUACUAGACUGCCGGUAGGUGGCACCUCCACUGCCACAAGACCGCCAGUAGGUGGCCCCUCCACUGCCACAAGACUGCCGGUAAGUGGCCCCUCCACUGCCACAAGACCGCCGGUAAGUGGCCCCUCCACUGCCACAAGACCGCCGGUAAGUGGCCCCUCCACUGCCACAAGACCGCCGGUAAGUGGCCCCUCCACUGCCACAAGACCGCCGGUAAGUGGCCCCUCCACUGCCACAAGACCGCCGGUUAGUGGCCCCUCCACUGCCACAAGACCGCCGAAUUCUGACCCUGACUCAGCAGCAAGGAGUAGCCCGCCAGCAGCACCACACGCAUCAGCCAGUCCUCAGAAAUCAGGAGUAGCCUCACCUCUUACGACUGUAAAUGGGUCACCUGCUUCGUAUAAUCAUGGCUCUAACCAGAACCUCUCGUCGUCCUUGUAUGACACUGCCAGUCUUCAGGCUCCAAAUGGGUUCAACUGGGAUAUUCUUAAAAGAAUACCUGUUGACAUUCCAGAUUUGCAGCCUGGAUCACCAGAACACUGGAUCUACAAUGUGGUUCGAGAGGAGAUAUCUGGUGGACUUGUAGCUUCAAUUCCAAUUACUGACCUUGUUAAAAAGUUCAUGAAAGAGUUCUCUGUAACUCAAGUCAACACUGCGAACCUCACCAAGGAAUUUUACAAGUGUCUGAAAACUAGACCGAGGAUAUUCCUGACUGAAGUACGUCAGCUCCCAAGCGGUAAAAAGACAAUAAAUGUCACGCUCAACCUUCCCAAACAACAAAUGCCUCCAUCAUCGGCCCAGUUUGUCGACCCUCGCCACAGCACUCCUCCUGUUUCUACUUCACCCAUGGUCCCUGGGGCUAUGACCCCUGAUGCCAUGACUCCUCCUCAAGCUUCCAUUGUAUCUGAUCUUUCAAGGACACCCACAACAGCACCUGUAAUGUCGACUAAGAGUCCGUCAGUAACUGCGGUAACAUCUCUUGCUCCAGUGUCCCAGUCUUCUGCACCUGUAGUGAGCGCACCCCAAGGAGCUUAUGUACCCCCGCCAAUGCGCGCUCCUAUCGCACAACAUCUAGAUAUCAGUGAUUCUUAUCCAAAACUUGUAUCGCCACCAUCUCUGAACCAUGAUUCUCAGCAAACAGCUGCGUCAUACUCUGUACCAGAAGUGAACGCGCCCCAAGGAGCUUAUGUACCCCCGCCGAUGCGCGCUCCUAUCGCACAACAUCCAGAUAUCAGCGAUUCUUAUCCAAAACUUGUAUCCACACCGUCUCUGAACCCUGAUUCUCAGCAGACAUCAGAUUCAUACUCAAACUUCGAAGAUAUGUUGUAUAGCCCUCCUGCAAAAUCUGAUCAAGUGGAUGUCCUAGCUUCAGAUCAAGCAGUUCCGAUCUCUGAUGUUGUUGAAACUAACCCUACUGUUACUGAAAACAAAGUAUCUCGUAGUGAGACCGUUCCACAAACUCAAGAAACUCCGAAUAUUACAAACCAUCGGAAUUCGGAUCAAAAUUCUCUUCCAGUUUUAAAUAUAGAUCCUUCGGAAACAGAUAAUAUAUCCGAAAAUACGAAACUACCAGAAAGCGAAGCAUCUCAGCCCGCUGAUCCGGAUAAAGUGGUUGUUGCUGACCCGGAUAAAGUGGUUGAACCUUUAGUACCGCUCAGUAACCCAGUCUGGGAACCAGCAUCAUCUCCAGAAACCAAUCCGACACAGCCUGAGUCUGAGACCGUCACACCACCCUCAGAAUCUGAUACAAUUGAAAACUCCUCAUCCGGAGCUUCAACAAUACCCCAACUCCCUCUCCAAACAUCAAAGUCAGUCGACCAGACAUCUUCCGUUUCUAAAGCUCCUCCGGGUCUGGAGUCGAUUCAGAACACUCCUAGAUCGGAACACUCGUCAGGAUCAGAUUAUGUAGUUUGCAGUAAGUCAGAGUCCGAGUUAUCAGGGCGAUCUUCUGGCGUUCUGGUUGAUAAUCUGUCCGUCUCCAGUGAUGCUGCUAGUUCGCCUAGAAUGAAGGAGGACAAAUUGGAUGAGACCUUUACUAAGUUGAAUUUGUCUUCUUCUGAGUCGGCAGAUCAUGAGGAGGAAGAGGAGAAGGAGGAAGAGGAAGAGGAGCAUUAUACGACCUUCUUUACUUCCUCACGGAGAACUCCUUGUAGCAUCGGCAUUUCAGGUGACUCCACAUUCCUGAAUGUAAACGCUGCACAACCAAGUUACAUUCUAGUCCACGGAGGUGACGCCGCUGCCAAGAACUCUAUCAUUAAGCAGAUAGUGGAGGUGUGGGUCAAGAUGGAGCUCCCUGUUAUGGUGGUGUCACCUGAGUUAAAGAGUGUGUCAUCCCACAGUGAUGUGGACUUCUACCAGUUCAAGACUAUAACAGGUACGGAGGACCUGGAGCUGGUUGACAGAUGUGAGAAGUUCCUGACAUCUGAAUCCUGCUCCGCCCUGAAACUCCUAGUAAUAAACACAGUACAUAAAGCUAUGGACACCAAGGAGUUCCUCAGUGUGUUAGCGGAACAGUACGAACAGUUUAAUGUUGUGGUCCUCACCAUCGCUCCUCCCACACCCGUUGAUAUUGCCACUGGUCUUAUUACUACAUGGAGAAGAGUUAAGAAGGAUAAAGUAUUAAAGGAGAUUUCAAGCACAUUCGAGACAGAGCUAGGUCCUGAAGUGAACCAGAUCAAGCGGGGUACCUUAGUCUCACUUUCCUUGGAUGACGAUGAAAUCAAACCUAUCGUCUUCACCAGCUUGUUCGGAAAAUAAACUCUUCGAUUUUACUCAUUCCUCAAAUCAUCAUCUCCUGUCUCCGUGUAUUUUUCUAUAUUUAAGUUUGUUUGAUCAAAUUGUUUUAUAACAGUUAACGUUGUAUUUUAUUCUAACAUUAUAUGUUAGCAACUGGGGUCAAACGUAAGUCGUAACUUUUGAUAAAGUAUCAAUUUAUGAUUCCAGUAAACAUAAUAACGUUUUACCAGUGAUUUGGUCUUAUUUCGGUCUUAGACCCGCGACCAAAAUAAGAAAUAAUGAUAAGAUCUCAAUAAUAAUAUAAUUUCUGUGGUUUAUAUUUUAUUUAAAUUAUUUUCGUUAAAAUAUGUUGAUGUGUAAGAAAAUGGUAAAUAUUAGUAUUUUUGCUGAUCACUACCUUUUCUUACUAGUUAUUAGUUAAUACUAUCUAGUAUUCUUGAUUUUGUGUGUAUUUUUAGGUUGUAGGCCGUUAAUGUUAUUAGACGGCCUUAGUGUGAUAAAAUCUUUUAUCUCAAGAAUUGUUAUCUUAUAUUUCAGGAUAGGGCAUAUUUUUUACAGAUAACGAAAGGAAUAUUUAUUCUUAAUUAAAAUACGAUUAAUUAAUUGAUAAUCAACAUAUGAUUAUUAUCAUUAUUAAAGUUGAAAAUUUCCAAAACAA